AUGGGUAAACUUCCUCCUGGCCAUUACAGUAAGUUGUCUGGCAUGGACUCUUUGGCAUUUUUACAUGGGGCAUUUCAUUGGAUCGUUGUGAGUACGUUAUCUAAUUAUUCUGUAGUUUCAUUUAGUAUUUCAAAUGAGGUGUACGGGGAGAUACUAUUGUCUGAGCGAAUUCAUAAUAUUUUCAAGAUUGCUUCUGUAGAAAGUGGGUUUUCUGUAUUGGGUGGAUUGCUCUGUGCUUAUUGUACUUAUAGAAUGGAAGGCACUUUUAAGCUAUGGGUAAUGAAAAAUUAUGGUGUCAAGAAAUCUUGGACUGGAUUAUUUACCAUACAAGAGACCCAUCUUCAUAAAGUCAUACCGAAAUAUAUGUUUGCGGAUGGUGAAGUGCUACUACUUUUCCAUGAUGAGUAUGAAAAUUGUGGUUUUUGGACAUCCAAGGGACCAUUUGAAUUGUGGCCUAGAUCUCCUUCCUUUCAACAGGGAUUCAUUUUUACAGAAAGUUUGAUCUCUCCAAAAUUACUUAUUUAG